AAGAGUUGAUUUAACCUUUCGCUGUGUGUAGUCACAGAUACACGAAGCCAAACAUUAAUGCAAACAUCCAAAGAGCUUGUCGUAGGAACGGAGCAUAAUUUAUGUCUAUCUAGGAGGAUCUCGGCACUCUAGGCAAUUCUGGAAAGAUUCAUGCGCACGGCUCAUCACUCUUAAAACUACAUGCACUUAUCCCGUGUACUCGCACAAGCCCAGCCCACGGUAGUUGGAAGCCAUUAUCCUCCAUCAGAUUUACAUCGCGUUUCUUCCCGGAUUUGAAAGCCACCAGCCACGGUUGGUGCCCUCUGUUUUUCGGGACAGGUGCUGGAUUGACAGAAGGCCACUCCCCCCCUCCCCCCCUCCCUCAGCCCAGAUUGGCCCAGGGCAGCCGGUGUGGGGUCUUAGACUGCAGGACAGCAGCAUCGCUCCGAGGACCAGGAGGCGGUCACCAUGGCGACGACGGCGGCUCACCCCGAGCCGCUGACGGUGCUGUCGCGCUGGUACCUGUACGCCAUCCACGGCUACUUCUGCGAGGUGAUGUUCACGGCCGCCUGGGAGUUCGCCGCGCACCGCAACUGGAAGUUCCCCGGCGUGACCAGCGUGUGGGCGCUCUUCAUCUACGGCACGUGCAUCCUCACCGUGGAGCACAUGUACCUGCGGCUGCGGCGGCGGUGCCCCACGCUGCUGCGCUGCCUCAUCUACACGCUGUGGACGUACCUGUGGGAGUUCGGCACGGGCCUGCUGCUCCGCCAGUUCAACGCCUGCCCCUGGGACUACUCCCAGUUCCAGUACAACUUCAUGGGGCUGAUCACGGCCGAGUACGCCCUGCCCUGGUUCUGCGCCUCCUUCAUCAUGGAGCGGCUGGUCAUCCGCAACACGCUGCGCCUGCGUUUCGACGAGAGGGCUGAGCUGGGGGCCCCCGGCGGCGGCGGCGGCGGCGGGGGGGGCGCGGGGGGCCUGGGCACCUCCAACGGGUACGUCAAGGUGGACUGAGGGAAGGUCGUCCGGCUCGAAACGCCCGCUCCCACCGCCCCUCGACCCCCAAUCCCACCGUUACAUCCACCCCCAACGCCAACCCCCCAAACGCAGAUCAGACCUCUCUCCUGAGCUGGAGAGGGAGACGACGAGAGCAGCUCUGGGGGGGGGGGGGGUCGAGGGACAGGGGGAGGGGCAGUCAAGUAGAACUCCCCCCCCCCCCAAACCUCCCCAAAUCCAUGGGAGGAAACAUCCUUCAGCAGUUCAUUUCGCCUGUCCCACAGACACCGUCCCGCCUGAGAGCGUCCCGUCCCGGCGGCCGAAGCAGGUUGCCCCGGAUGGGGGCGGGGGGGGAGGGGCGGCCCUGCUUUCGGUGAAACGGCUGUCCGAAGCGCAGGGCUGCCCCUCAUAGGACCACAUCAUACCUCUGCUCCUGUCAAUCAACCGUAAUGGAACGAAACCAGUAUUCCUGUUUUGCUAUUAAUCCAAUAGAAAUUCACCUUGACAAUUUAGAUAGGGACACAAACUGACAUUGUGGACAAAUUAACGUGUACCAAUUAAAAGCAAUCCUUUUUAGAAACAUAAGAAAUGUAUGCUUAGUAGACUUAUAUAGUAAAAUAAAAAAGAAGAACAGCUCCUAUUAAAUCUUUUUAAUUUAUAAAAAUGUAUGUAUUAUUUAUGAAUAUUUAUCAAUAUGUAGUCCUGGUUUCGAGUUGCUAAUAUAUAUGUUAGAUGUUUACCCAGGUCCGUCCAAAAGCAAUGCAUUAUACUUGAAUUCAGUGUCAUGAAGAACCUUUUUUAUACCUAAGGAAACUCUUGAUGCUUGAAAAUUGCAUGACAUGAAGAAAGGUGUAUCCAAAAAUAAAACCGAAUCUUUUAUACUCUUAUAAAUAUAUAUUCAAGAACACUGUUGGGUUUUUACUGGCCACUUGUAGAUAUGACAACUAAAGAACAUUACUGGCCCUUCCACCUCGACCCCCCCCCCCCUUCCCCCUCCCUCAAGAGUAAAAAAUGUAACUAAAUGUAGUGUAAUUACAUUUAAUUAAUUAAUUAAUUAAUUAACCUGUGCUGCAUCACUGGAAUCCUGUGUCAUUACGAUAGAGAGCGUUUGCCGAGUGUCUCCGUUUAUAAACGCAGUGUGAAUGGGGGAGUGCGGUAGGGUAGUAGUUUUUUGCGGAAGAGUGAUCGGGUUCCGAGAACUUGAGUAAAAAGAAGACGAGGAAAGAUAUUUGGUGCUGCAGCGCAUCUGGAGAACAUGUACUGUAGUGUGAAUGUCCGCCCAGGUUCCAGGUGUGCUGGCGUGCGUGCGCAGGUGCGCCGAGGUCAGGGCCCUCCUGAGCUCACCUGCGUGAAGGGCUUUUCCGACCCCUGGGGAAUCGGCUUAGCGCGCGCGGCUCGCUUGGAGUCACGUGUCCCCGUAAAAGCUGGGAUGGAUCAUAUGGAGCGUAGAGGCCGGCACUGUGCAACCUAACCCCCCUCUGCUUAGCGACGCGACGGUCUGCAUAGAGACGGAUGGCCGGGAGUCAGACGGAACGCUCUCUAUUUCGCGCUCUGUCGUUAUGAACAGUUUUUUUUUUUGUUUUGUAUUUUCGUUUUGGCUGGUUUAUGGCUCUUAUUACGACGGGAGCGUUUCGGCGACUUCACGAGACACUGUACGCCAGCACUGAGCUUAGCGUCACUGCACUGCGGAACACCCAAGGCUUGUUCUGCCGGUGUAAAAUUAAUGACCGACGGCGGUUAGUGUUCUCCUCCCGAGAAGCAUCGAGGAGUUCCCGUCCGUUUAUGCAUUUGAUUACAGCGCGGAAGGCUGGUGCUGUUUUGUCACACCGUUCGUGGCUGUUUUGAGUUGGUCGGUCCUUUUGAUUCUCCUCCUCGAUUCCUCAGGAACAUUGUACAGUACUCUGAACGCAGCCGCACCUAUUUGUAUUUCACUGUGUGCACCGGUUUCCAGAUGGUUAUGGAGGUGUUCGUUCUGUCAGUCGUUUCACUCCCCCCCCUGCCAUCCCAGAAUACAUUGCAAGUUCUCACAAUGUCAUCGCCCAUAGGCUAAAAAAGCCCAAAAAAGAACAACUUCAAUCUCUUAAGACAAUUUGCGUGUUAGCAUGAAGCAUUUACAGUAUUUUUGUACCAAUUUCUUUUUUUUUUGGUGGGGGUUGGGGGGGGGGGGGGGGUGGGGGGGUGGGAUGUUAUUUUAAUUAAUGCAUCUUGUACAGGGCACCUGGCUGGAAUGAUAAUUAUGAGCUGGAAUGAUAAUUAUGAGGCGUCGAUGUAAUAUUUGCCCUGUACGCGGUUGUUUGUUUCAAAGACCAUGUGGAGAUAAUCAGUUAAGUGUGACAUGAAUUCUGAUCAGCUGAAUGCACACCAAGCCCUAUGAUGCGUGCACGUGCACAAGCAUCUGUCUGGAUGAAUCAUGUAUAUUUUGGUAUUUCACAGUAGUAACUAGGACAGUAAUUGAACCGAGGCAAUUGCAUUUGAUCUGUGAGGAUUAAUCUUUAAUUGUGGGAUACCACAUUCAAGAGGUAACAUGGAUUAAUUCUGUAAUACAGUAAUCUGUAUUUUUGUACAAACUGGGCAAAAAAUAUAUAUUUUACCCCAUUAUACAAGCAAAAUGCAGUAUGCAUGUAAAAUAUACAAUUUUAUUUGUUGUCAUUCCUGUAAUUAGUUUUUAAUUCUUUUUAAUUUAUUAAUUUGACCAACUCCUGUCAAUGUUGCAUUUUUCUUUGAGAUGUGCAGUUUCCGAUCCUGUGGGGAACAUGUUUAAAUACUGUAUUGUGAAUGUGAUUUUUUUCCCCCUUUGGGAAUAAAUGAGUUUGGUUGAUCCUC